GGCAGAACGAGAAAGAAAUAAAAUAGAAGAAAGACGGAGGCACAGAGCGAGCUUGCGACGAAGAAGGCGAGAAGCUGCGACCCUGCGACGAAGAGCGAACAACAAGACAUCAGCCGCGCCGCGUUCCUCCGUCCACGCCGCGCUUCCAGCCGUCCAGGGGGCUGCGUCGUCGGCCACUCGGCUGUCCUUCCUCUCUGGGUUCUGCCUCCAGCUCUGGCGCAGCACCGCUCCUAGCGAACCGGCAGAACGAGAAAGAAAUAAAAUAGAAGAAAGACGGAGGCACAGAGCGAGCUUGCGACGAAGAAGGCGAGAAGCUGCGACCCUGCGACGAAGAGCGAACAACAAGACAUCAGCCGCGCCGCGUUCCUCCGUCCACGCCGCGCUUCCAGCCGUCCAGGGGGCUGCGUCGUCGGCCACUCGGCUGUCCUUCCUCUCUGGGUUCUGCCUCCAGCUCUGGCGCAGGCUGAAGAUAAGGAGAAUCUGCCUUGUUUUCCAGGCAACCAGUCCACAGAUCCUGAGUUCUGAAUAGAGAUAAGAUCAGCUGCAAUAUCAUGAACAGAACAAAUCCUCCUCCAAAUUGUAGAAUCAGUAGUCUUAGCUAGCAUAUUCCCUCCCCGAGGAUAUUUAGCAUUAAUAAAAUUACCCCAGAAGGAGUUGUUACUUUUCCACUUCCACCAAAGCAUCAAAGUAAAUGAUUUUUCAACAUCAGAUAGCAAUCUUAUUCCCAAACCUCCCUCUUCAGUUGGGAAGCAAAGUUUAGACCAUUUAGCCCAGUGAACCUUCUGUUUUUCAGUAGAUGAACUCCAGAAAAAAUGAGCCAUUUUUUUUCAAGGGUGGAGAUAACUCGCUUAGGCAGAAUAUCAGUGGCUAAGAUAUGAUUAGGAAUAGAACAAAGGACAUGCUUAAUCAAAAUUAACAUGCCUCCUUGAGCUAAAUUCUUUUGCUUCCAGGCAGAUAGUUUAGAAUCAAACAGAUUUAUGAGCUUGUCACAAUAAUGAAAUCUGUUUAUACCUUUAUGUAGUGUAGCUCCCAAGUACUUCAUAGGCAAACUGGAUCUUGUCAUGCCUAGGAUCUUCUGAAUGACAGCGCUUCUGUUCAACAGAAUAUAAAUCUGAUAAGAAAUCAACUGCAGCUUGGCCUAUAUCAGAUAAGUUGGAACAUUCCCUACCCUCUGAAUCCAAAAUAUUGUGUAUCAUUUGCCUCUUUCUUCUGAUUUUUACGAAAGCAUGAAAAUAGUGAGAAUUACAAUCCCCUUCCUUAAGCCAUUUGAUAUGAGAUUUCUGCUUCCAGAAUUUUCUUUCAAGUAUGUACUUACUAAUGAGUAAAGCUUUCUUGUGAUUCCAGUUUUCCCUGUUAGCCUCUGAGGGGCAAAGUUGAAAAUCAUGUUCAGCUUGGGAGGCCUCCUGCUCACAGUACUUGAUAUCAUCAAAAAUAUUCCCAAAGCUCCGAAAUGGGUUUGGCAGCUGUAGCACUUUCAGCUUUGGGUUGCGUGAUAUUUUCAAAAAGCUGUUGUCACAUGGUGUACUUUUCAAGUACUCCGUAUUUACUACUCUCAACUACUUAUGGAGUUCCCUUUCAAAGAAAAAAAACUACUUAUGGAGUUUAGCAUUCACGGGUGUACAUUUGCUCAGCAUUUACUUAUUUUAUUGGGAAAAUGUCUACUACACCACCACCACUACUACCAGAGAGCUUGGAGAAACCUAUAGGGAUAAACAAAUCAAGCUUUAUCCGAGGCACACAUGAAGUUCAGAUCCACUUUUGCCUAACUGAAGCUUUUGGGAAGACCGUGUUGGUGAAAGUGGUGACUUCGAAGUCAAUUGCAAUGAAACAAUCAUUUGACUUCUCUCAGACAUUAUGCAGUCUUCCUUUUAUUUUGCGUCCCUUACUUUCCUUUGUAUCCCCCACCUACUCAUAUUUUUUCUAUGAUCCAUAUUCUACAACUUUCAUGGAUUCUAUUGAUAUUUCAAAGAACCAAAUAAGGGAAUUACUGGAAGCUGUAAACUGUUUACAUAAACGUCUUGGUGGUGGUCAUGGAAAUCUAAAUGAUCCAAACAAUAUUGUUGUAUGGGGAGGGCGUAUAAAACUAACUAGAAUUGUUGCUCCAAUUGGUCCCAAAAUUGAAAUAGACAAAGAUUUUCAAGACCUUGGGCGAAUGCUCUACGACAAGUUUAUUCACAAUGAAAGUUCAUACCACCCCGGACUGACUAGCAUCGUCAGUCUUCUUCUAAAUGAAAUUUCUGGUUUGAAGGGGGAAUGGAUGUGAGAAUUGCAAUGCCGGAGUAUUGGUUUUAUAGCUGAGUGUUAGCAACCUGCUUGCUGGAAAUGAGAUACGCACAAUCUCUUCUACUGUGCGCACCAUCCAAUUCCACCAAUAAAAACUAAGCAUUUAAAAUAGUGACUCACCAUCUAGUCAGACAUUUUAUUCAACAGUGAGCACCUCUAUUUUGGACCAAUAGCAAUGCACCAAAUUAAUUACAGUUGUGCACGCCUCCAUAGGACCAAUAAGAAUUGUUAUGCCACAAAACUUUAUGUGUUGAUGGACGUUUUAACAUUAGAUUGUAUUUCUUUUUCAUUUAUUUUGAUUGAUAAACAAAUAAAGGAUUGAUGUUGACAUUUCUAAGCGGGAACACUGUUCAUCAAAA